UAGAUCUAUCUAUAUAUACCGACCUCUAUCAACAUCUUCAUAUCAUCAUCAACAACAACAACAAGAAGCAAACAAUCCUAGAGCUUGAAAAUACAAAAAAAAUCAAGAUUUUAAGUUUGUAAAAAGAAAAAUGGCUUUAGUAAGAAGUUUCAUGGCUGCAAAGAAGAUACUAGGUGGCUCAGUAGCAGGAACGAGGAAAGAAACAUCAGCACCAAAAGGGUUUCUUGCAGUGUACGUCGGUGAGAGCCAGAAGAAGAAGCAGAGACACCUUGUGCCAGUUUCAUUCUUGAACCAGCCUUUGUUUCAAGAUCUUCUCACCAAGGCUGAAGAAGAGUUCGGAUUCAAUCACCCGAUGGGCGGCUUAACGAUCCCUUGUCCUGAAGAUACCUUCCUCACUAUAACUUCUCAGAUCCAAGGAUGAUCAUUAUCUGAAGAACCAUAUCUUUUUUUUUUAACUGUAGAUUAGAUGACAAUUCUUUAAUGUUUCUUAAAUGAAAGAUUUGAUUUAGAUGAUAUGAAUAUUCCAAUGUAAAUGCCAAUUUUUUUGUGUAAUGACACGAUGGAAUCAAACAAAAAGAUCCAGAAAGAUUUAUCAAAUUAUGUGUUUAAUUAA